GAAUUUCUCUCCCCAUUCCUAUAUAUGGUGUCCUCCGUCUCAUUUGCCCUCGUCUUCUUCAACAAGAAAAAAAUAAUUAUCUUUCCGAUUUCGUUAUGUGCGGUGGAGCGAUCAUCUCCGAUUUCAUCUCGACGUCGAGCCUGCGGUCAAGCAGAGUGACCGCCAACAAGCUAUGGCCGGAUCGGAGGAGGAAGAGCAAGGGCGGCCGGAGGAUUCGAGCGGCGGUGUUCGACGAUGAUUUCGAGGCCGAUUUUCAGGAGUUUGAGGACGAUCCUGAGGAGGAGGAACUGGAGAAUUUGUUCGAGGUUAAGCCGUUGGUCUUUCGCCCUAAGGCGUCUUCUUUUUCCCGAGGACCUAACGAUAAAUCAUCUAAAAGGAAGAGAAAGAAUCAAUUCCGAGGAAUACGUCAGCGCCCAUGGGGUAAAUGGGCGGCUGAGAUUAGAGAUCCUCGCAAAGGCGAGCGGGUCUGGCUUGGAACAUUUGACACUCCGGAGGAAGCUGCAAAAGCUUACGAUGCUGCAGCUCGUAAGAUUCGCGGUAAGAAAGCCAAGGUAAACUUCCCCGAUGAUGGCCCCAAAAUUCCCCAAACUCACCUCCCUAAAAUGAGUUCAACAAAAACAUGUAAACCAAACUCGUCCCAGGAAUUUUGCUUCAACAACUCUUUUGGUUACUCGAACAACAUGAAUUACAAUGUGUACUCGAGUUCAGGAUUGGAAGCAAAGGAGCAAUUUAAGGUCGACUCAGCGAUCUCUUCGCCUCUCGAACCUAUCAUAAAUUUCCGUUCCGAGCAAGAAAGCAACUCAUUGAAUUGCUCGGGAUUUGGGUGGGAACGUGAAACUAAUUUCCCUGAGAUUACAUCUAUUCCUCCUCCCAUUGUUGAAGAUAUUAAGUCUGAGUUUGUGGAAGAAACUGCUGCACCAAUGAAGAAACUGAAGAACAAUUCUGGUGAAGCUGUUUCUGCGGAUCAGCGGCGGCCGGAAGAGCUCUCAGCUUUUGAGCCAGACAUGAAAUUCAUGCCUUUCAUUGAAGGGAACUCUGAUUUAUCAUUUGAUUCGCUUCUUGGGUCUGAGAUGAGUCAGGAUGGUAUAAGUUUUGGGGACCUUUGGAGCUUUGAAGACAUGCCAAUGUUAGGAGCUGUGUUCUGAAUCUGUCUGAACUGGUUUUGAUGGAUAAUUUCUGUAAAUUAAGAGAUAAAGUGUCAAAUAUUUUUAUUAUCCCUUUCAUUCCAUGUCGUUUUCUUUUUCUUUUUUUAUAUAUUUUUUAGGAUUUGUGUUUAGGAGAUUAUGCAGAACCUGAAAUGCUAAUCUUAUGGA